GUGUUCCAUGAAUAAAAUGGUUUAUUGAUUACAAUAAUGUUUUAUUUUGUCAGACAGUCACCCUCGAUUUGUUUUUGUAUUGUUUGUAUUGUUUUUAAUCAGGUCGCCGCAAGUGAGCAGGUCAUGUAGGAUGAGUUGACGUUACUAUGGUUUCAUUGAGCGUCCACGGAAAGUCCAGAAAUGCUGAGACUCAAGGGUGUGCUAGCUUGGGGUCUUAACUUUAAGACAUUAACAAAGAGUUGUUACAGGUAGUUUGAGUUAUGCCAGGUGUAAGGAAAAGGAGAAAAUGGAUAACUGUGAUUUAGAAAAGCUUUCCAUAUCAGGAGGGAAGUUACAGCCCGCCUUCAAAUCAAGUGUAACAAGUUACAAAGUCACUGUUGCAAGCAAUGUCAAGAACGUUACACUGGACCUACUGACAAGUGAUUGUGGAGCUUCCUACAAAAUUUUUUUAGGAGACGGUUCCAAAACCAUUCAACUAAAUGAUGGAAUAAAUGUGGUUGAUAUAGAAGUGGUAGCUGAGGAUGGCACCUCUAAGAAAUACAGCAUUGAGGUCACCAAACUGUCUGCAAGGACUGCAGUGCUGAGUGAACUGUCCAUUGAGGGAGAUGUUCAACUGCAUCCAGCAUUUUCUGCAAACAUUUAUGAAUAUUCAAGCACAGUUUCUUUCUAUUGUAAUACUGUGACCAUGCUGCCCAAAGUACCUGAUGAGAACAUGAAGGUUUUAGUGAACGGAGAGAGCAGCUCUCAAUUCGUCUCACUAAACGUUGGAGACACGAUGGUUGAGAUCAAGGUUUGCUCAGCAGAUGGCAGCAAUUCACAGAUUUACACAGUGUUAGUGACUCGGGAGCAGAUACCCAUUGCUGUGACUUUCAGUGAUGCAAAAGAUUGUGUGGACUAUGAGUGCCCUGUGUCUCUAACUGCCCUCUACAGACCUGUCUCCAUUUACCAGAGUGAACCUAAGCACAUCUUCUCCGGGCCAUACAUUGACAUGCUGGCACGUAGGUCGAAAGUUGACCCGUUAAAUGAGUGUCCUCUGGGAGAUAGCUGGAAGGUUCUAGAGCCAGACCUGGAUGGGAACAUGUCUGCUGCACUUGUCAAAUGUUUCUUUGCAUACAGAGGAUGUGAAAGUUUGGUGAAACUGGCUGAGGUGGGUUCCCACGCUCUGCGGUGUCCCCACAAACCGUCAGCGGACCUGGAUCCAAAGGAUGUCACAGAGACAAGCUGGUAUAAGAAGUAUUUUGCAUCUUCUAGCAACUUAGAGAUAGAGACCAAGCACACUCUUGAGGUCCGUAACUGGGAGAAGAAACUACAAAAGGCAAUUGGAGAAGACAGCGUAGAUAAUCUAUGUACCUUAGCCCAAGACCAUCUGAAACUGUACAGGCAGUGCCUGCCUAAACCAGGCAUGUUUCAGUUUCCAAGGCUGCCUGCUACACUGGCAACUGUCCCAGAUAAUUGUGGAUUAGCCGUACCCAUUGAAAAAUACAUGAAGAAGCGCUAG